AUGACCUACACAGUUAAUCGGUAUCUCUUUCAGGAUCCUGAUGUGGAGGAAGGCCAGGAGUUCCAAGGCAAGGAGCCCCAAAGCACAUGGCAACAUUUCAAAGCAGCACUCUGGUGGUGUGACAGAAAUAGAUACUCGGGCGCAUUAAUCUUCAACUUUGGAGCAUUUCUCCUCCCAGCUCUUUACGAGACUAUUAGCAAGUCAUGGGUCGCCGCAAUCAAUCCCUCAGAAGUUGUCAUAACCGAUGUCUACGUUUAUAUCAUCGCGCUAGCCAGUGUUCUCAACGACGGUCUCCCCAGGGCCGCGUGGAGCCUCAUCGGUGACAAUAAGACUCGGACUAUUCAAUCGCGGAUCAGUUUGAGCUAUACUCUCAUUUUAGUCCAGGUCUUUUUCGGCUCACUUCUCUGUCUAGUCUUAAUUGUUAUGGCUAAUCAACUAGCUGAUACCUUCGUCAAAAACGCAGAUAGAAAGACUGCGGUCACUUAUGUGCGGAUAUCGUCUGUUGCGGCAUUGUCUUCUGCAAUGGAGACUGCCGUCUCCAACUCAACUCGUGCUCUUGAUCGCCCAGAUGUCCCUUUUUUACUCAACCUGAUUAAAUUCAUCAUCACUGGAAUAUUGGACGCGAUCAUUAUUUCAAGGGCUCGGGCAGGAGACCACACUUCUGUCACCAACCACGCACUCGUCCGAAUGACAUGUAACUUGGUAUCUGCAGCGUGUGGAUUGGGGUAUUUCAGGUGGAUUGUGCGCAGAAUGAAAUUUCCAUUGAAAGAACAAGAUGACGCAUUAUCACAAGCUCGACCCUGUCUUGCAGCAUUGAUACUUCUGGUAAGACAUGGUAUCUGGACUUUCGGAGAAUCAAUGGUUCGAAAUUCGCUUUACCUCUGGCUGGUGCACAGUAUCAUCAGGAUAGGUAAGGACUACGCAAUAGCGUGGGGGGUCUUCAACACUAUGCGAGGGGGGCUGUUGAUGGUUCCUUUGCAAGCACUAGAAGCGUCGACGUUAACAUUCAUCGGUCAUGCUUGGGGAGUGUGGAGGAGCAAGUCCUUAAAAAGUCAGACUGAGGCUGAGGCUGGUCUUGGGGAGGGCAAGACUACCCCAAUUGAAAAGCCACCCAACAAACCUGAGGCCGAAUUGAAGGACAUAUUUUAUGUUAUCAAUGCCGCUUGGGCAUCGUGCAGCACUGGCUUUGCAGUUGAAAUUUUCCUUUUCUUCCUCUUCUUCUGGGCCGCAAAAGAUUAUGCGUUCUACCUUUCCGAGUCUCACUCCGUGGCAGAGAUAGUGCAGAACAUGUGGAGAACAAUGGACUGGUGCUACAUUUUCUACGGUAUAUCUUCCCAGCUUGCUGCAAUCCUCAUCGCAACUUCUCCCCGCUUCUUCUUCGCACAAAGCCUGGUCGCAAACAUACUCUGGAUGCUUCCUUGGGCCAUAGUUUGCUCAAAAAUCACCAUGUCAGAAGACAACGCGUGGACUUAUCACGGCAUUGCCGUUGGUGGAUCGUUACUAGCCAACUUCGUUACAGUAUUAAUGACUUGCGUGCUUUGGGCUUGGAUGCUAACUAGGGGAUGGGUGAGCUUGCUUCCUGUGACAAGAGAUGUCGAAGACGAGGAAGCAAAGAAGACAACCAGAAUGGAACAAGAACAAGCAAGAAAACAAAAGAAAACCGAUAAGGAGACUGCUAGAGAAGUCAAACGAGAAGCAAGGAGAACCGCUAAGUAUGGCAAUGAUGCUAAAAAUAUUCGAGCUGUUCAGAGUAAUCCUACCACAACCCUAGAGCCGCCAAGUAACCGCUCCUGGGACGAAGUGGGAGUCAAUAUGGAGGGAACGUCACACCCCGAGCCAGCGAUAUCUGAGACCGAAACAUCCGAACCAGAGGUUUCCGACCUAGGAACUCUCCAUUCAGAGGCAUCCAGAUCACAGACCCACGUGUCAAAACCACCCUGGUGA